CUCCGUGGACACUGCUUCCAUAACAUAUUAUCUGGCAAAUAAUUAAUCCGGCACUCGGUUUGAGUAGCUAAAUCUUAUCGAUGGAGAUUUGAUUUGCGGUAAUAAACGAUUAAAUUGACAGUAAACUUAUCAAUGCAAAAGUGAUUGCUAGAGACAUCUUUUUAUUCUAUAGGAUUAGUCAUCGGUUAAGUGUAUGGUGAAGAGUGACUGAGGUGGUUAGUGAUGAUAAUGAUGGGUGAAAGCGAUAUGGGCUACGGAGAAUACUACGGAUACGACGCGUGGUCGACCGUGCCCCCGGACUACGUCGUGGACCCCAAUUACCAGGUCCGGCAGCCGCAGUAUGAGGAGGAGUACCGCUACAACUCUUAUGCCCUGCUAGAUAGUAUGAAGAUGCCAGGUCAGCGAGGCGGCUUCCAGAUAUCGGAUAUCCUGGGGCUGAACGAGGGGAAAGGCCUGGAGACGGCCGCGGCUCCAACGUUGGACCUGCCCCCCUAUCCCCACCACUCGUAUCCCCACGACUUGCUGCGUCAUCAGCCCUGGCUUGACCAUCAUGACGCUAGUGCAGGUGUGUUGGGCCAACAAGCAAGUCCGGACAGCACGUCCCGAGCGUCUGAACUGUCGUACGUGGGCGCUUCAGCUUCCUCCCCACCAGUCACCGACCACCGCACUGAGCACGACCACGACCCAGACCACGACCACGACAUCGACCACGAUGACGACAACGACGACCACCCGCCGUCCAAUAACUCCGACCCCAGUAUGGCGCACAAGAAGCGCAAGCGACGAGUACUCUUCUCAAAAGCGCAGACUUACGAGCUUGAAAGGCGGUUCCGUCAGCAAAGGUACCUGUCAGCUCCAGAGAGAGAGCACCUAGCGAGUCUGAUCAGGUUGACACCCACCCAGGUCAAGAUCUGGUUCCAGAACCACAGGUAUAAGACGAAGCGCGCUGUGCAAGAGAAAGGUGCACAUCACGAGAUGGGCGUCGGAGGCUUGAACUCUCCGAGACGCGUCGCGGUACCGGUUCUGGUUAAGGAUGGCCGGCCGUGUCUAGGGAAGCCUGAUGGGCUGCCUCCUCUGGGCAUGACGUUGCCGCCCUACCAGCACAUGCACCAUCAACCACCAGUGUCGGGCCACGCGCCGCAACCCAGCGGCUGUUGGUGGUGAACCGUUCCAACCAACUCAUAGUCUACAUCAUACCAUGGUAGCGUCAAACAAGGGUACCAACAUCCACAUGUUAAUUGACAUUCAAAUGAGGCAGUGCACCUGCUUAAUUUAAUAGUUGUUACGUGUGAGGAGGUGAGUGUACCUGUGAUGGAGGAUACCUUGUCAUAUUUACCAUGAAUUAUACUAGUCGAUUUGUCGCAGUUUUAUAUUGCAAUCCUAUAAAAAUUCUGCAAAUAAAUUGCGACGUUAUAAAGGAAACAUUCCUUUGUUAAUUAUGGAAUUGGUAAAAUCAAAUGUAACUCGAAUAAUAAAUUAUGAUCGUAGGUAGGUGUCAGUACUGGGGUCUAAAAAGGCGACAAUGAAUCGAUUCAUCUAAAAAAGCAAUAUUGCAAUUUGACAUUUGCGCAGAUUAAAAGUAAGUGCGCAAUGUCAAAAAAAGUUAAAUAGCAAUAUUGCUUUUCUUAUAACAAGUGCUUGAAUGUGACCUUUUCAACCCCCCUGGAAGUUUAAGGUAUCUGAAGUUCCUACUAUUUUGUAUUAUAUUCGCGAGUAAUAUAUAAAUUAUAGCGACGGAUUUUAAAGUCGAAUAAAAAGUUAGUUGAAACAUAAAUAUGUCUCUUAUAGGCAUUGAUUAGCAGUAGAAUUGACGCAUUCCAUAAUAUUUCGAGUUUGUAUAUUUGUGUAAAAAGUCUUCGGCGAGUAUUAGUUACUUAAUUAAUAUUAUGAGAAAUGACCAGAUUUUAUCAAAUGCAAUAUUUAGAUGUAAGGCCCAGUAUUAUCAUAGUCGAAUAUAAACUAGUGGAUAAUAUUAUUUAUGUAUAUUCCAAAUAGAAUUUUAUAUAAUAUUUACGUUAGAUUAGUUAAAUACAAGUGAUUACCAUCGGUGUAUAUUAUGUAAAUAAUGCGAUCUGUGUGGCUGAGUUACCGAUUUUAAAGGAAACAGACAAACUUUUGAAUUUCUAGAAUAUUUACUUACUUCACUAAAUAUGUGUUUGCCAUACUAUACACAUUCCUAUACACAGUGUUUUAUAUAGAAUAUUUUACCAUAAGCUUAUCUUACAAUAAUAUGUUCCAAUUUUAGCAUUCCUACAAACAAUUUCACACAAAAUGAAAUACUUACUUACAAUAAGCUACAUUCUAUUGUAAUAUUGUAAAAAAAGUGUUAAAAAUAAAUUAUUAUCAGAAAAUUAAAUGAACUGAA